UGCGUUAACGGUUUAAGUACCUGUACCAGUUAGUCGGCGUCAAAACACACUUUUAUUAACGAAUUCGCCGCUUAGGUUUAGAAUCAUAACAACAUAUUCUUCAGGUCUUCGAGAAGUGGCUUCUCGUGAUUGAUCAGCAUGGGCGAACCAACAAAAUCCGCGGAGCAGCAGCCUCCACCACCUUACAACACCGCAUCGCCUGAAUACCCACAGCAGCAUGCCGCGUAUCCUCAACAAGUAUACUCACAGUCCAACCAAUCACAUACCAGCACUGUUGUGGUCACGCAACCUGUCGUUACCAACCUGAUUUCUGGACAGAUUAUAUACCGUGACGUUCCAAUUCAACAGCAGUGCCCCUCGUGUCAUCAACACAUUGUCACAAGAAUGGACUACGAGUUCGGUUUGUUGGUCUGGCUCAUUGCAGGACUCAUCUGUAUAGUGGGAGGCUGGUUGGGAUGUUGCUUGAUUCCGUUCUGCAUCCCGGCUCUCCAGGACGUCACCCACCACUGUCCGAAUUGCACCACCUACUUAGGCCGAUACGAUCGUGUGAAUUAAACGUGGCUGUCAACACGUGGCCGUCAACACGUGGCCGUCAACAAAUCUCUUUACAAAUUAAGCUUAUAUAUGAGUGGCAUUCAUCUAUAAACAAUUAUUCUUAUACUGCUUAAAAUACUUGAUAAACGUUUCAAAAUUUGCGAUAAGUAUUCGACCUUUAGAUUUGUUACGUGUCCCUUGGCGUAACGUGUCAUGGGACACUGAACACGUAUGAGUGUGCUCCAUCGAAAUGAUUCACGUGACUUAUAUAGCGGAUGUUUUAUAUAUAUAAUUGUAUUGAAAAUAUAUAUCAAAUGAUUUCUAUUUACAUAAUUGUAUUUCUAUAAAGCAAGCAUAAACCACUGAUAUGAUAUGA